GAACGAACGGUGGUGUUCGUAAGUUAAAAUUGCGAACUUGACGGUGGUAAAAUAUUUGAACCCUCUUCUAAAACACUGGAAGGAAAUUGUGCCAAGGUUCUAUUUACCAGCUCUAUAAUAUAUGCCUGCAGUGAUUGAUUGAAGCAAGACAAUAUAAUGGAUAGAGUAAUUAUGAGGCAGAAGAGAUUUAAAUCUAUAAACAACUGCUAUCACUCUGAUGAUGAUCAUGCAAUGAAUAUUCGGCAAUGCUCAAAUAGUAAUAAGAGUUUUAUUCUGUUCUCAGAGCUCUCUCAAGACUUGAUGCUUGAUAUCCUUACUUUGCUUCCUCUUAAGUGUCUGCUUAACUCUGCAAGGUAUGUCUCCAAAUUUUGGGCUGCUGCUAUUUCAGCCUACCUACCUCUUAAACCACCUGGUUUUUACAUUUUUAAGUACAACUCAACAACAAAUUCUUAUUUCUUAAAUAUUCAAGAUCAUGUCAAUGGAAAACCUGAAAGGAUUGCUUUGGGAAUACCUUCCAGAAUGGGACAUGUAAUGGCUACUUGUCAUGGGUUAUUAUUGCUUUCUACUUUGGCUACACUAACUUUUGUAGUAAACCCCAUCCUUAAGUGCUGCUUUAGAAUUCCAACUCUACCCACUAAUUCAAGACGGCUCAUUUGUGUUCGAUCUACUAUUGCACGCGUUCCUCGCACUGCCAAAUUCAAGUUGUUUGUAACAGAUGUCCUAAAUGUUUCGGGGGUCAACUGGUAUGUUUUCUACGUCCUAACAAUUGGAGUUGAUAACACAUGGAAAGAGAUAGCUAGAAAAGAAGCUAUCCUUGAGUGUGUUUUUUUUUGGGAACCAGUUUAUAAUGGAGAAAAUGAUGUUUAUUGGAUAACAAGGGAUGGAGUGACUGUGAUGGAUGUUGACAGGGAAAUUAUUAUAAGAGAGUAUCCACUACCACCUCCACGAGUGGAUGUUGCACCUUUUGGGGUUUUUUUAUGGAUGGGAGACCGUCUUUCUUGCAUUGUUUUGGUUAAAGGUAUUAUUAGUAGAACAUAUCAUAUCUAUGCUUUGGAUUUGGAUUUAGGAAAAUGGACUCUUUAUCAUGAGAUGGGACCUUUUGAUUAUGGAGCUACAUGCGGCCACGAACUGGAUUUUGAUAUUAAUAUUACAAUCAUGGGUUUGAUGUUUCGUUUCUGGAUCAACGACCAAAUUUUCUUUAUAGCACUUACCGACCCACCAGAAAACCGAAAAUCAUUUGUAGGCGUUACAAAUAUAAUUUUUUGUUACAAUGUCAAGACUAGACAACUGACAAAGCCUGAUGACAUUGUAGUGGACGUUUUUCAGGCAUUGCUUCAUACCAACACUCUAGUUUCGUUGCCAAGUACUCCAACAUAGCUAGGUUUCCUGGUAUAAAAUAUGUGCUAUGCAGUAGUAUUUAUAUUAGUCUUGGUUGGCUAAACCAGAAAAACAAGUAUUUAUGUUUCUAUUUAAUUAUCAUGUACGUUGACUAUGGCCAACCCAAAGUUGAGGUUUUAAGAGGUUGUUUUAAUUUAUUUAUCAUCAAACUUAUUGAAAACAAUCGAUGCAUGCUUUGCCUGGUUUUUAAAUCUCAGUUAUUUACUUCAUAGCAAUGUUUAAAAGGCUGGAUCAGAGAUUAAACCACCGAGAGAGAAUUUUUUUGUUCCUACACCAACAAUUAUCCUUUACUUUUUUUGUUAGAAUAAUUUUACUCUUUAUUAUUUGAGUUUAACAUUAAUGUGUGGAGGCAGCCUUGGCUUAGAAACAUAGAGAACUCUUUUGUUACUACUGUGAUGACAGCCAAUAAUGCAGACAUGAAGGUAGCUGAUCUUAUAGACAAUGUUACUGGCAGCUGGAACAAUGAUUUAAUUCAACAAAUUUUCUGCCCAAGGGAUGUGCUGGAAAUUACCAAGAUUCCUCUCAAAUUGAUGCAAAAUGAUGACGUACCGAUAUGGAAGUGUUGUCACAAUGGCAAUUACUCUGUCCGGUCUGCAUAUUACCAUCUUGUGGAAGUGGUGAUUGACAAUAACCAUCUCAAAGUAGAAGGAAAUUGGAACAAGCUUUGGAAAUUAAUGGUUCCAAACAAAGUUAAAAUCUUUCUUUGGAGGGUCCUUCGAGGUUGUCUUCCGGUUCGUACCAGAUUGCUCAGCAAAGGAGUGCAAUGUGAGCCUAAAGUCCAUGUUGUGGUGACUAUGAUGAGAAUGAAUGGCACUGUUUUAUAGGUUGUAUGGCAUCACAAGAAGUGUGGCAGGAAACUGACUGUUGGCAAGCAAUGACUAAGCACAACACUCAUGCUAUAAGUUUUGUGUCUAUGAUGUUCAAUAUGAUAGAUGAACUUGAUAAUAAUAGCAUGUCAACAGUGGCUAUGGUUUUAUGGUCCUUGUGGUGGCGACGAAAUCAAAAAUGCUGGAACGAAUUUGCAGGAUUGGAAGCAAGCACGGUGCCCUGUUAUGCUCGCACACGAACAGAAACAACACCAGACCUGUUAUCAUGGAGUAAACCACCGAGAGGAUCACUCAAAUGCAAUAUCGACGCUGCGUGCUACACUAAACGGAAUAUCUAUUGCGUUGGAGCAUGUAUUCGUGAUGAAAAUGGAAGAUUUGUGAAAGCUUUCGCGAAAUGUUUUGAAGGAAAACCAGAAAUAUAUGAAGCUGAAGCUAAAGCUAUUGGUCUAUUAGAAUGCUUGACAUGGUUGAACAGUAUGUAGACAAGCCUUAUUCAAAUAGAAACAGAUUGCUUGCA